UGCCUGAAUCUCAGAUUCCAGCCAUCUCUAGACACAUCAUGGACCCAGAGCAAGAAAUGAGUUCCUCAGAUUCAAGGGAUGAUAAAAAAGGUUCGCAACAUAAUGAUGAAGCAACAAAUGAAGAAGACAAAACCAUGAAGAAACCAGACAAGAUUAUUCAGUGUCCAAGAUGCAAGAGCAUGGACACAAAAUUCUGUUACUUCAAUAACUACAACGUCAACCAACCGCGCCAUUUCUGCAAGAACUGCCAGCGCUACUGGACAGCCGGCGGAACAAUGAGGAAUGUCCCCGUUGGCGCCGGCAGAAGGAAGCACAAGCACUUGGCUUCACAGUUCCGCAGUGUCCUAGUAGCCGCGGCCGCAGCCGCAGCCGCAGCCGCGGCCACCCGAGUUCCAGAAUCCACAAAUUCGUCGUCAAAAAAUAAUAAUAGUGACAAUGCUAGUGGUACCGUGUUGGAAUUUUGCCAGGAAAGAGGAAUUGUGAAUGAAAAUUCGUCUAUCAUUUAUUGUACUGAAUCUGAGGAGGAAUCAUUAUCGUUGUGUACUAACAAUAAUAAUGAAUCUUCUUCAGAAAACAACAACAACAACGCAUCAAAAUUGUUGCAAUAUUACCCUGUUCCUCCAUGGGUUAUGCCUUGGAACAAUGUUGUUCCACAACAUGGUCCAAACUCAAUUCAAUGGUGUCCAACACCAAUGGUGGCAGCAGCAACAAUUCCAGUUCAUCUUGUUCCAGGGCCAUGCUGGGGUGGAACACCUGUGUGGGUCGCACCUGGACCUGCACCGGGGAAUGUGUCAAUAGGAUCCAAUCAUAGCCGUUCAUCGCCUUCUUCGUCCACUAGUAAUAACAAUAGCUGCUAUUCCGGCAACGGGAAUUCUCCAAUACUUGGCAAGCAUAGUAGAGAUCACAGUACUGUUUUCAUUGAUGAACAGAAAUCAAGUAAAUGUUUCUUGGUUCCGAAGAUUCCGAGAAUUGAUGAGCAAAAUAAUAAUGAGGCUUCAGUAAGUCCUAUUUGGGCUACAUUGGCAUGAUACAUGAUAACAUUGUAUAUGAUCAUCAAAUGUUGAUAUUUUGGAGAAAAUAGAAACUAAAGGCAAAGAGAAUUUAUUACAUGCGACUGAAAUCUUAGAAGCCAAUUAAUCCAGCACCUAUUUCUCGU